AACAGCCCCCACCCCCACCCCGCUCGCGCCGCCCGAGAAUUCAAAGCCGCGCUCGGGACCCUGCCCCUCCCUCCCCUCAGCAACCGUCACUUUCCUGCCGUUGCCGGGCAGGGCUUCCCCUCGGUCGCCCUUUCGGCCGCCCUCUGCCCCGCUCGCCGCGUCCUGUCAGGGCGAGGGAAAGGAUGCCCGGCGGUGCCUUGUCCCAGGCCAUCCCCGGCGCUGAGUGAGGGAAGGCCGGGCCGGGCGGCGAGCGAGCGGGCAAGGGAUGUCGCCGCCGCCCCCCGGCGCUGGGUCCUUCCGUCGCCGCCGCCGCUGCAACAGCAGCCACCACCCCUGGCGGCUCCCGCUGCUGCUGCUGCCUCUGCCCUCCUCCGGUUCCGGGUGUCGCCCGCCGCCGCUCCGGGCCCCGGAGCAACGCCGAGCGGCUCGGCCCCAGCAGUGACUGCCGCCGCUUCCCCUCACAGGGCGCGGGACGGCGCGGGCAGGAUGCAGGCGCCGGCCGCUGCAGUACGAGUUCUUCAGCGAGGAGAACGCGCCCAAGUGGCGGGGGCUGCUCGUGCCAGCCCUGAAGAAGGUUCAGAUGCAAGUCCACCCUAAGCUGUCAUCUACUGAAGAUGCCUUGCAGUAUGUUGAGGAGUUAAUACUGCAGUUGCUGAACAUGUUAUGCCAAGCUCAGCCAAGAAGCUUCCUGGAUGUAGAGGAUCGUGUACAAAAAAGCUUUCCCCAUCCUAUUGAUAAGUGGGCAAUAGCUGAUGCACAGUCUGCAAUUGAAAAGAGGAAGCGAAGAAAUCCAUUAUUUCUCCCAGUAGAAAAAAUUCACCCAUUGUUAAAAGAAGUUCUGGGCUAUAAAGUUGACCACCAAGUAUCUGUUUACAUAGUGGCAGUAUUAGAAUACAUUUCUGCAGAUAUCUUAAAGUUGGUUGGGAACUAUGUACGGAAUAUUAGACAUGAUGAAAUUACAAAACAAGACAUCAAGGUGGCAAUGUGUGCUGAUAAGGUGUUGAUGGAUAUGUUCCAUCAGGAUGUAGAGGAUAUUAGUACGCUGACUUUAUCUGAUGAAGAACCCUCUACUUCUGGAGAACAAACCUACUAUGAUCUUGUAAAGUCAUUCAUGGCAGAGGUUCGACAAUAUAUAAGAGAACUAAAUCUUGUAAUAAAAGUUUUUAGAGAACCUUUUAUUACCAACCCUAAGCUGUUUUCAGGUCAUGAUGUAGAAAAUAUAUUCAGUCGAAUAUCAGAUAUUCAUGAACUUAGUGUGAAGUUGUUGGGCCAUAUUGAAGACACAGUAGAAAUGACAGAUGAAGGUAGUCCCCAUCCCUUAGUUGGAAGCUGUUUUGAAGAUUUAGCUGAGGAGCUAGCAUUUGAUCCUUAUGAAUCGUACACUCAAGAUAUUUUGCGGACUGGUUUUCAUGACCAUUUUCUUAGCCUACUGUCAAAGCCUGGUGCAGCAUUCUAUUUACAGUCAAUAGGAGAUGGUUUUAAAGACGCUGUUCAGUAUGUUUUACCCAGACUGCUUCUAGUUCCUGUUUACCAUUGCCUUCACUAUUUUGAACUUUUAAAGCAAUUAGAAGAGAAAAGCAAAGAUCAAGAGGACAAAGAGUGUUUGAAGCAAGCAAUUACAGCCCUACUUAAUCUUCAGAGUAGUAUGGAAAGGAUAUGCUCAAAAAGUCUUGCAAAGAGAAGACUUAGUGAAUCUGCAUGCCGGUUCUAUAGUCAACAAAUGAAGGGAAAGCAGCUAGCGAUCAAGAAAAUGAAUGAGAUCCAGAAGAACAUUGAUGGUUGGGAGGGUAAAGAUAUAGGACAGUGCUGCAAUGAAUUUAUAAUGGAGGGGACUCUCACACGUGUGGGUGCCAAGCAUGAAAGACAUAUAUUUCUCUUUGAUGGUUUAAUGAUUUGUUGCAAAUCAAAUCAUGGCCAGCCAAGAUUGCCUGGUGCUAGCAAUGCAGAAUAUCGUCUGAAAGAAAAGUUUCUCAUGCGGAAGGUACAGAUCAAUGAUAAAGAUGACACUAAUGAGUACAAACACGCCUUUGAAAUAAUUUUGAAAGAUGAGAACAGUGUUAUAUUUGCUGCAAAAUCGGCAGAAGAGAAAAACAACUGGAUGGCAGCCUUGAUCUCUUUACAGUAUAGAAGCACCCUGGAGCGAAUGUUAGAUGUAACAAUGCUACAAGAAGAGAAGGAGGAACAGAUGAGAUUCCCAAGUCCUGAGCUUUACAGGUUUGCAGAACCUGAUUCUGAAGAGAAUAUUGUUUUUGAAGAAAACAUGCAGCCCAAAUCUGGAAUUCCUAUUAUCAAGGCAGGCACUGUUGUCAAACUCAUUGAGAGACUUACAUACCAUAUGUAUGCUGAUCCCAACUUUGUUCGAACAUUUCUUACAACAUAUAGAUCUUUUUGCAAGCCUCAGGAAUUACUGAGUCUCCUGAUAGAACGAUUUGAAAUUCCAGAACCUGAACCAACGGAAGCAGACCGCAUAGCUAUGGAGAAUGGAGAUCAACCUCUUAGCGCAGAGCUAAAAAGAUUUAGGAAGGAAUAUAUACAACCUGUACAGCUGCGAGUUCUAAAUGUAUGCCGGCACUGGGUGGAGCAUCACUUCUAUGAUUUUGAGAGAGAUGUAGAUCUACUUCAACGGUUGGAAGAAUUCAUUGGCACUGUCAGAGGUAAAGCUAUGAAGAAAUGGGUUGAGUCAAUUACAAAGAUAAUCCAUAGGAAAAAGCAAGCACAAGCAAUUGGGCCAAGUCACAAUAUUACUUUUGAAAGCUCACCACCUCCAAUUGAGUGGCAUAUUAGCAAGCCAGGACACAUUGAAACAUUUGACCUGCUUACGUUGCAUCCAAUAGAAAUUGCUCGACAGCUCACGUUACUUGAAUCUGAACUUUACAGAGCUGUGCAACCAUCAGAGCUGGUUGGAAGUGUAUGGACAAAAGAAGAUAAGGAAAUCAAUUCUCCUAACCUGCUCAAGAUGAUACGACAUACCACAAAUCUUACUUUGUGGUUUGAAAAAUGCAUCAUAGAAACAGAAAACUUAGAGGAAAGAGUAAUUGUAGUAUGCCGUAUAAUUGAGAUCUUGCAAGUUUUCCAAGAACUAAACAAUUUUAAUGGUGUUCUUGAAGUUGUCAGUGCUAUGAACUCUGCACCUAUUUACAGACUGGAUCAUACCUUUGAGCAAAUCCCAAGCCGCCAGAAAAAGAUUUUUGAAGAAGCUCAUGAACUGAGUGAAGACCAUCAUAAGAAAUACUUGGCAAAACUCAGGUCUAUUAAUCCUCCAUGUGUGCCUUUCUUUGGAAUUUAUUUAACAAACAUCUUGAAAACGGAAGAAGGCAAUCCUGAAUUUCUCAAACGACAUGGGAAAGAACUUAUCAAUUUCAGUAAGCGGAGGAAGGUGGCUGAGAUAACAGGGGAGAUCCAACAGUACCAAAACCAGCCAUACUGCCUAAGAGGAGAAGCUGAUAUCAGAAAAUUUUUUGAAAAUCUGAAUCCAAUGGGAAAUAGCAUGGAAAAAGAGUUUGCAGAUUAUCUGUUCAACAAGUCUCUAGAAAUAGAGCCACGUAACGUCAAGCCACCCCCAAGAUUUCCCAAAAAGUACACCUAUUCUCUCAAAUCUCCGGGUGUUCGUCCAUCAAACCCAAGACCAGGCACCAUGAGACACCCUACACCUCUGCAACAGGAGCCAAGAAAAAUCAGUUACAGUCGUGUCCCUGAGAGUGAAACAGAAAGUGCUGCUUCUGCACCAAACUCUCCAAGAACACCGCUCACCCCACCUCCACCAUCGUCCACUUCCAGCACCACAGAUGUCUGCAGUGUCUUUGACUCUGAUCCCUCCACCCCUUUUCAUUCAAGGUCAGCUUCUGUGUCUUCCAUAAGUUUUCCAAAAAGCUCAGAUGAAAUUACCGUUCCCCCUCCUAUUCCUCCCCGGAGACGUCCAGAAUCUGCUCCUGCUGAAUCUUCUCCUUCAAAGAUUUCUUCUGCACAUCUGGACAGCCCACCAGCAAUCCCUCCUCGGCAGCCGACAUCAAAAAUCUAUUCACCGAGAUACUCGGUGCCAGACAGGACCUCCAUCUCUGACCCCCCAGAAAGCCCACCUGUAUUGCCACCUCGAGAACCUGUACGAACUCCUGAUGUUUUCUCUAGUUCACCUCUCCAUCUCCAGCCACCACCCUUAGGCAGAAAAAGUGAACUGGGCAACACUUUCUUUCCCAACAGUCCGUCUCCAUUUACUCCGCCUCCCCCCCAGACGCCUUCUCCUCACGUUGUCCGGAGGCAUUUGCCAUCACCUCCUUUGAUACCCCAAGAUACGGACCUCCAUUCUGUUGCUGGGCCCCCUGUUCCUCCUCGGCAAAGCACUUCUCAACAUAUCCCAAAGCUUCCUCCAAAAACUUACAAAAGGGAGCCCACGCAUCCAUUGAUGCACCGUGAUGGACCCCCUUUGCUGGAGAACGCCCACUCCACCUGAAUUCUCCCUUGUGCUCGAGAGAGAAUGCUUUCCCUGGUGCCAUGUCUGUUGCUGGCAAUAGAUGCACUGUACCUUGUGGGCACCAAGGAGUUGAGCUGUGUUGCUCCUAACACUAAAGACUCUACGUUUGAUAUUUGGUGUACAAAAAGAAGAAGAAAGAAUCUUAAUAACAGGCCCCUUACCGUGAAUAAACUGUUGCUGUUUGUUAGUAUAGUAUGCAGGGCCCUGUUCUAAAGUCAGUGGACACCUGAAUGUACCCGAAAUCAGAUUUGCAGAUCUCUUUGGGCCAAUAAGCAGACAUUGUGCUUUGUGUAAACGUCCUGUGAGGGAUAAAAUGCAUAGUCCUGUAUUCAUCUGUCCACCAUGAUGUAAGUUCUUGGAGUAAAAAUAUUAUGCACUUUUUUAAAAAAGAAUCUCAAACAGGGAACUUGAUAGUCUUCUUAAUUUUCUUUUGUUUUAUUCCCUGCUUUCAAAUCAUGAACUGGACUGUGAGGAAGAUCUGUGGUACUGAACUGAACCAACAUAGAGCUAAGACAUAGCACCGUACUGCAGUCCUGUUUACAAACUGUUACUAGUAAUACAUGGGUACCUAGGCUUCACCAAAGAGGUACUUUCCUCCUCCUCUAUGAAUAUUAUGGUGCCAGUUCAAAAAGAAUUUUUUGCCAGUAAACAGAAUGCCUAACUUUUAACCGCCUUUAAACAAAUGAGAUUUAAGUCUUAUAUGAAUGACACCAAUGAUGCAAACUGCAAAACAAUGCUAUUGUCAGAGUUGAAUCUGUUUCUCCAUUUAGAAGACUGUUAAAUCUAGACUAGGUUAGGUCUUCAUUUUAAGGUUUACUGAUAACCCACUUAAUGGCUGGUAGUUCAACAUCUUUGAGACUAUGCCAUGAAAAUGCAAAAGAUGAUCCGCUGGCCAUAUUCCCUAGUUAUCACCAUGUUUUAACUAGCAGUAGGUAGAUGAAUAAUCAGCACCCAUAGAAUUGCCUUGUAGUUGCAUAAAUAAAUCAUAUGUAUAUAGUGAAUGUUGCAUAAAUAUACUUGCAAAUUGUUUUUAAUUUAAUUGAAAUAAAGAUACAGAUAUUUUGUCUGGCUGACAUAUAUUAAAUUAUUGCAUUUCUAAAUGUACAUUUCAGUUUAAAGCACUGAGGAGGAGACACAUGCUGUGGUACACACCUCUCUUUCUUGCUCAUUGUUUUAGUCUGUAAAGAAAAAAUUUAGAAGAAAUCCAAGGUUUGGCAUGUGAAAUAAAUGUGUGUUAGGGGUGAUUUGGAAGUGAACAUCUGUGUGCUUACAUGGAUCUCAAGCAUAUAAUACAGUUCAGAAUUCCAAACUCUGUUUAACUUCUUAAACCUUGAAACUGAUCUUGACCGUGUCAGAAAUGUUUGAAAGAAAAUAAUCUACAUGAAUAUUUUGCCUUGGAUUAUCCAUAGACCUGUGAAUUGCGCUUCUGAUUCUUGUACUGUGAUAGUAAUGCAUGCCACUUAUUGAAGAUAUUUUAAUCCUUUCUACUACACUAGGACUUGUGAAUGGUGCAGUGUUGUAUCAUUAGUUGCUAAGACUCUUAUAGGAUGUUUUCUCCUUGGCAAAACCAAAAUACAUUUCGGUAAUCUAGAAAGCCAUGUCACUGGAACAGUGAUGGUAGAGGACCGUAUCACCAUGAAAGCCUACUGUUCUAAGACACUUCUACAGCAUUAUGUAGUGUGGUCUUUGCAUUUCAGGAAAACGUUCAUUUAACCUGCAUUAAAUGGAUCCUUCUUAACAUGUACGAUAUGCAGAAACAAAAGGGCAUUCUGAGAUAAAAAAAUUGUAUAAUGCUAGCCUAUGACAAGUGUUAAGUUGAGCCCAGCUGAGGGUUAGAGAUACUUUAAAAUGACUGAACUUGCUAAGGGAAAGUUGAGAAAAUGCUCCCUACUUAAAUACAUUUUUUUUCUUGUAACACUAAAGGUAGUGGUAAUGCUCCUGUCCAUAAGAACUCUGCAGAUGCCUACAGAGUGAAAGUUCCCUAAUCAAUCCACUCCAGAAAAAAGUGGGAGCGGGAUUAUAGUUUGAUAAAUCCAUUUAGCAUUUGCAAGCAGCAACAUUUUGUACAGAUCUGUCUUAUUCUUGUUUUGAGUGGGGAAAUGAUGUUCACUUAAUAUUUCCAGCAGCCCCGUAGUUGCUAAGAUUAUCAUGCUUGAUACACCCCAGAUACUUUGAUAAUUAAGCAGUAUACAAACAGUUUAAAUAAAUAAAAUACUUAAUCCAAGAUGAAUUGGCUUAAGCCAUUUAAGAGAAACUAAGUCAUUUGUUCCAUUGAGGCUGUCUGUCAGCUUCAUGGUCUCUUAUGGUAGCUGAAGUAAAAUAUUUAGGUCAGCAGAACUUAUAAAAAGUGCAAAUUUUAAAUCUGUGUGUGCAAAAUUUCCCCAGAUCCCCUGAAGCGGAUGUUGUACAUGUGCAAAGUGUGUGUAGUUCUUCAGGCCUCUUGUUUAACAUAAUCAACUUUCAUUGUGUUAAAUGUGCUGUGUUUUUAAGCACUGAAAAUGUUUGUUUUGAUUAGAAUUACUUUGUGCUCACCCCAAACAUCCGUUAUGCAGUUCAUAGAAUCAUAGAGUUUUAGAGUUGGAAGGGACCCUGAGGGUCAUCUGGACCAACCCCCUGCUAUGUCCAAUGUGGGGCUCAAACCCACAAACCCUGACAUUAAGAGUCUCAUGCUUUUACCAACUGAGCUAUCCCACCUUUUGAUGUUCUACAAGAAGGGGCGAGCUUUUUCAGAAGUAAACUUCACUGCAUAUUUCAAAAUCCAUCCCAAUGAGUUGCUAGCACAUUCCCCAUAAAAAACUACUUUGUAUAAUUUUAGUACCUCAAUCAAGACUUUGGAAAGUCACAAAGCAGGAAAGGAAAUAAACUUUUUGGGGUCAAAUAUUUGUGUAUGCAGACUUCUGACUUACAUAGAACUCUUCCACCAGACAAUCUAAAACACUAUUUUUCAAUAUCUGUUUGUAUAGGAAUAUAAACCCCAUAGAAAUGAUGUUACAUAACUGAACAUCAGGAAGAAUGGAGAGGUAUCCAAGUACUGGUUAUAUAGAACCAAGUGGUUGACAUGCAGUUCACCCAGACUUGGAAAUAAAAACUUGUUCCUCUAGCAAAUUGGCUGUUAGAGGUUGAUAGUAAACUGCCUUUUCACUCUCUGGAAGUAAUGUGCCAAGUGCAGUAUAAUAAAUAAAGUGAGAGGGAAAUCUUGAGAGUCUGUAAGCAGGAAGUUGAUGCCCAUGUUUUGACCAGAGUGGGAUUUUUUUCAUUUUGUCGUGUCUUGCUGCUGCUUGCUGUCAUACACACAUGCGCCUGUAAGUUGCUCAAACUCAUGGGUGGGUUGGUUGGUUUUUCCAUUUUAAACUCUACCUUAGAAUUUGAGUAGGUUUGCAAAUAAGUCGUGUCUGCUACAUUUAAAAUUGACUGAGAUCCAAAUCGGCAUGCACAUACCUGGGCUUUUUUAACCAUCACCCCUCAUACCACUGUAGGCGCUCCCUCCAUUUCCCUCAGGGGAAAAGCCACUCUGUAGGGUGAGAUGCAGAAUUAGCACCUGCGCAGGGGUGCCUGGAGAAUUUUUGGGUGUCUGUUUUUUAAAAGAAUAAGAAGAGGGAAGUAGUCUCCUAAGAAAUUCAAGAAAGCAUUCUUUUGUUCCACCAUGACUCCAAAUAACAAUUGGCCUCACUGCUAUGACAACUUAGAGACUAUUGAAGGUUAGUAGUGUUCAGUGUAGAUGGAGCUGCUUGGGGUGGUUUUGAUUGGAGCUGGAUAAGUUCCUGAAUGGUUUUUGUUGGAACGUGUCAGCUUGCCUGAAUGUUUUCUCGUCAUUGUGUCUUGCCUGCUUGCUGUUCAGUGUACAAAAAAAAAUGCACAAAUUAAAUCCUUGCUAUUCCCUACAUUUUUGGUGGUUGGAAGGGAGGAGCUUGCUGUAAUAUAAAACCGGUUUUUAAUUAACAGUGGGGGAGGGGAGAAAUAAACAAGGCAACCUCUUUGGAUGUUUUCUCUCUGGUGCAAGAGGUAACUCACAUACAGCUGCUGUAAAUUGUGCUCUUAAACUGAUCAGUGAUCACUUUCCAUACUUAUUGAAGAGCUAAAUAAUUUUUCUCUGCUAAUGAAAAGUAAAUGCAGGCCUAUUGCUGAUGAAAGGUAUUAAGCCAAAAGCACUUGGGUUUUUUGGGAUGAAUUUUCAUGCCUUUGCCAUUAAUUUUGUUACUUUAAAACAAAAAACCUUAAAGUGCAUAUUUUUUUCUGUCAACUGUGAGCAAAUUCCCCUUUUGCCUUUAACAGCAAAACAGUGCAUUAAGCAGUCAGUUGCUGCAGAAUUGCACAUCGAGACCUUUGUAAAACAGUAAUGUACCCAGGCGAAAGGGGGAGAAACUUGUGCCAGAUGUGUAUGCAACUUUCAGUAGCUGCCAAAUGUGCCUUUUAAAAAAAUAUGGGUUCUUUUUUUCUGAAACACGGUAGAUUCUCUUAUUGGUCGCAUUUCUUAUUUGGCCAAUUUAGAAACCAAACUUUCUGUUUCUCUGUGUACAGGUUUGUGUUUUUGAUGAAUUCUAAUAAUUUGUAUAUUUAAAACGUAUUGCCUUUUGUUUAAUGGCAUGGAUACUUUGCUAAAAUGGUUGAGAAGCUAUGGCAGUCCAAUCCAGCUGCGUUAAGGUUGAAGUGGUGAUAUCCUAAACUGGCAAAUCUUAUGGGCCUAUGUGUGUACCUAAUCAUGUCUGUAGGUCAGCUUUGUAUGCUAUGUCUGCAAUGGUAUUCAGAUUGCAUUUAAAGUGAAAAUUAAUAGUGGCUGUUACUUUUUGACAUUCAAGAGAUCUGUUCAUAAAAAAUAAAUAAAAAUGCCUUACAUAUCCUA